AUCAGCGUGGCAUCCUUGAAGACUUCGCCACGGCUGGUGAUGACCGAAAGGAUGUUUUUUUCUACCAAGCCGACGACGAGCACUACAUCCCACGGGCGCUGCUGCUGGACAUGGAGCCCAGGGUGAUCAACGUGAUUCAAUCCUCCGAGUAUGCGGAGCUCUACAACCCCGAGAAUGUUUUCAUCUCCAAAGAUGGGGGCGGUGCUGGCAACAACUGGGCCAAAGGCUACAGCACUGCCGAGAAAGUGCAGGAGGAAGUCUUUGACAUGGUCGAUCGCGAGGCAGAUGGUUCAGACAGCCUUGAAGGGUUCGUCCUCAUCCACUCCAUCGCAGGAGGCACCGGCUCUGGAAUGGGCUCCUUCCUUCUUGAGGCCAUCAACGACAGAUAUCCCAAGAA